AUGAGCGCCGAUGCGCUGGGAAGCCCCGCGAUGGACCCUGCCUUCUCCAAACGGAACGCGGCGCUGAGAUUAGUUGACUUGGCGGGGGCUCACCACCACCACCUCCACCACCAUCAUCAUCAUCACCGCCACCCUGCCCCUCCGAGCGUGACAGGCUUCCCGGGGUUCGGCAGCCAUCCGCACUCAAUGGCUCACGUGCACCCCGGGGAGAUGACUGCGGAACCCCGCCUGGGGCCGAGUCCAUUCGGGCCAGAACACAUGGGGCACACGGCGGCCCUCAAAAUCAGCCCAGCCCAUCAUUAUCCCCUGCACCAUCACCAGCAGCACCAGCCUCAGCACAAUCAUCACAUGGCAGGCCACAGCGAAGUGGUCUCCGGUCCAACGGGAGCUUUCGGGGCGACGCCGGUGCCCUACUCGGGUAUGACGCACCCGGCCCAGGCCCUGACCGCAGGUAGGGACUUCCUCCGAGCCACGCCGGUUCUGGCCGACCACCACCACCACCACCACGCCGCCGCCGCUUCUUCUCACCACGGAAUGUUUGUCUCGACAACAGGUAGCUACCCCGCGCACUACGGCCACGACGCCGGCAACCAUGCGCUCUUCUCCGGGCUGCACCAAGAGCAAACUCCGGGCGGCCAAAUCCGUUUGGGACUACCGGGGGACAUGUACGUGCGCUCGGAGCACUUGUCGGCGAGCACCCGAGCCGACGCCUUCUACGGAGGGCUCAAUCUCAACCUGGGCGCGCACCCCGCCCACCACCAGCACCACCACCACCAGCACCACCCGCCCCACGGAACCGGCGCCUUCUUCCGCUACAUGCGGCAACCCAUCAAGCAGGAGCUCAUCUGCAAGUGGCUGGAGCCCGGCGAGAAGCGCUGCGCCCGGACCUACAGCACCAUGCACGAACUGGUCACGCACGUCACCGUGGAGCACGUCGGCGGGCCCGAGCAGGCCAACCACAUCUGCUUCUGGGAAGAGUGUCCACGCGAGGGCAAGCCCUUCAAGGCCAAGUACAAGCUGGUCAAUCACAUCCGCGUGCACACGGGCGAGAAGCCCUUCCCGUGCCCCUUCCCCGGCUGCGGCAAAGUCUUCGCCCGCUCGGAAAACCUCAAAAUCCACAAAAGGACGCACACAGGCGAGAAGCCGUUCAAGUGCGAGUUCGCCGGCUGCGACCGCCGCUUCGCCAACAGCAGCGACCGGAAGAAGCACUCGCACGUGCACACGUCGGACAAGCCGUACAACUGCAAAGUGCGCGGCUGCGACAAGUCCUACACGCACCCGAGCUCGCUGCGCAAACACAUGAAGGUGCACUGCAAGUCCCCGCCGCCGCUCAGCUCCGGCUACGACUCGUCCACGCCGUCCCUGGUGUCGCCCUCGUCGGAUCCGGGCCGCGAGCCGCCGCCGCCGCCGCCGCCGCCGCCACCGUCGGCGGCGCCCGGAGGCCCCCCCCAAGCCGGCUCCUCCGCCAACCUGAGCGAGUGGUACGUGUGCCACAGCUCCGGAGCCAGCGGCGCCCACAGUGGACCCUCCACGCCGGACUCGGCCACCGAGGACGAGCCCCCGUACAGGAACCGGGACCUGAGGGAUAACUUUUAG